AUGGCCGAAGCGACAAACGCCAGCGACGAGCUCUACCCCAUCGCCGUGCUCAUCGAUGAGCUCAAGCACGACGAUGUCUUGCUCCGACUCAACGCGAUCCACCGGCUCUCUACAAUUGCUCUUGCCCUCGGCGCCGAGCGGACAAGAGAUGAGCUGAUUCCCUUUCUCGACGAGUCUGUCGAGGAUGAGGACGAAGUCUUGGUUGCUCUGAGCGAGGAGCUUGGCAACUUCAUCGAAUACGUUGGAGGCCCUUCGUGGGGCCACGUCCUGCUCUCCCCUCUCGAGAACCUCGCCGCCAUAGAGGAGCCCGUCGUUCGAGACAAGGCCGUCGAGUCUCUCAACAAGAUCUGCGAGGAGCUCUCGCCCCAACAAGUCGAAGAGUUCUUCAUUCCCCUCACAAUUAGACUCGCCAAGGCGGAUUGGUUCACAUCCAAGGUUUCCGGAUGUGGCCUCUUCACAGCUCCGUACAAGAAAGUCUCUCCUCCCGUCCAGGAGCAGCUCCGUCAACAGUUUGGCCUGCUCGUCCACGACGAGACCCCCAUGGUCCGACGUCAAGCCGCGUCCAACCUCGCCAAGUUUGUCAAGGAGAUGCCGGCUGCCAUUGUUAUCGACGAAAUGAUUCCCCUCUUCCAGCACCUCGUUCAGGACGACCAGGACAGUGUUCGAUUACUCACUGUAGAGAUUCUCAUUGCCAUCGCCGAGGGCGUCCCCAAGGAGCAGCAGGCCGGCCACGGAGUCUUGUUGACUUCUCUGCGAAAUCUGAUAGAGGAUAAGAGCUGGAGAGUCAGGUACAUGAUUGCCGAUAGAUUUGAAAAGGUCAGCGGUGCUCCCUUGGAUCAGAAUCCUAGUAACGUCUGCCCCUUUACUAACUUUUCAUCCUUCUUAGAUCGCCAAGGCAGUCGACGAGGAAGUUCUCAACAGAGACCUGGUGCCUGCAUUCGUCAAGCUUCUUAA